AUGUUUGACUCUGAAUAUUUCAAGAAUCUUUUGAACGAGACAACAGCACUUAUUAGCAACAAAACAGAAGGUACGUAUUCUGAUGAUGUAGAGAUUCAGAUUGAAAGCAACAUUAUGGCACUUAAACAUUUAGCAAAUGAAAUAUCUGACAAAGAAGUUCAAAGCAAGAUGUUGAAAAGAAUAGAUAUGCUUUGUGCCGAGCCAGCAGAGUUUGAGGUGAGCGAGGUUCAUCAGCGAAUUACAGGAGUUAAUAAAAGCAAUGAGUAUUCCGAUAGGAUAGAAAAGGAUAUUCUGAAGUAUUCUAGACAGCUCCAUGGCAAAGCAAAGAAAUUUCUUGAUAGUGUAAGACUUGAUGGAAAUGUGCUUGAUGAAGUGACAGAUAAGAUGACUAAGAAUCUUGCGGGGACCAGUUCUGCACUGAGGUUUAUGAAAACUGAGCAGUCUAGCAAUAUUUCUGUAUUCCGGAUUCUCAUUUCUGCAUUGGUUAUAUUUGUUAUUAUGUAUUUUAUAAUAAGAUUUCUUUAG